GUUAGUGUUGGGUUCAUUUCUGAGUCAGGGAUGGAUGAGCUGUUCGAUUAACAAUUGGGGAAUGACGGGGUGUCUGUGGGGUCAGGAAUGAUGUGAAGGAGGGCUAACAGGGUACAAUGACUUAGAUCGCUCUGAGGAAUCUGUUUGGUGGGGGGCAAUGGACUAAAGGAUGGGGGAGUCAAUAUGGAGCAUGUGAUUGCUAGGGGUUCAGAAAUUUGGAAGAAACAAUGAUAGAGUCAGGGCGACCUAGUAGCCGCUAUUUACUAAGAAAGGCUCUCCUUUACAUUAAGUUUCCAGUCAUAGGCAGCUGUUGAGUAGAAGUCAAGCUCUGGUCACAUCUUCUCAGUCUCCCAUUGUCCCCCAUAACCUCAUGCCUUUCCUCAGAAAUGGUCAUUUAGCGAAACCAAAGAAACCUGAAGAGAGAGGAUUAUUAUGAAAAGUGUAAUUUCAGCUCCCCUCUUUCAUUGAAAUCACCUUAUAUUUUAGUCAAAAGACAUUGAGUUUCAGGAUAUGAAUAACUGUCUUGUUUCCUUCCAGGUCUGUUUUAAUAAAGCCUGGGAUACCCUAUAUAAAAUAGUCUCCCUCUCAUAGAAGCCCCACUUGCUUUAAACCAGUUUAGCCCUGUACUCAUGACUCUUCCUGGGACUGAUACUUAUUUACCAGGCAUCUGCUCUUGUGGAAGACAGCAGAAAAUGAAGUCCCAGGAAUGUACUGUUACAGGGGUUAGUAUCAUUCAAAGAUGUGGCUGUGGAUUUCACCCAGGAGGAGUGGCAGCAAUUGGAUCCUGCUCAGAGGACCCUGUAUAGGGAUGUGAUGCUGGAGAACUUCAGCCAUCUGGCCUCAAUGGUGCAGUCAAUCCAGUUCCUUCCUGAUUUCCAUUUAAUAGGAUAUCCAGUUUCCAAACCAGAUGUCAUCUCAAAGUUGGAACAAGGAGAAGAUCCAUGGAUCAUAAAGAGAGAAAUACCAAAUUGGAUCUAUCCAGAUGGAAAUCAUGCACAUGAGAGACAAGAAAGGAAGAGUAACCUUCAUAACUCCCAAUCAUAUAUUUUGAAGACUAUUUCCUUCCAUAAUAAGAUACUGAAAGGAGUCACAAAAGAUGGAUCAUUUUACUCCAUAUUAAAAGUCUGCCAACGAGAUAGCCAGCUGCAGAGUUGUCAGGGAAAUCAAGACAAACUUUUCAGGCAAGUCACAUUUGUCAGUAGCAAUAUAGCAACUGAGACAUCGGGUCAUAAAUAUAAUGCAUUUGGAAGAGUAUUUGAUGAGUACAUAGAACAAGAUACAUCAGAACAAAAACUCCACAAAUAUAAUACAUUUGAAAAGAACUUAAAACCAAAUAUUGGCCUACCAAAUUUUUAUAAGGGUAAUUCAAGAAAAAACCUUAAUGAGAGUUUGGGUUUGGGAAAAUUAUCUAGUCACAGUGUGUCCAAUUCUGAUCUUGAGAGAAUUCACAAUGAGGUAAUACUCUGUGAUGAUGAUCAAUGUGAAAACAUUUUCAGCAAUAAACAAUCCCUUAUCCAAUAUCAGAAUGUUGAAACUAAGGAGAAAACCUGUGUCUGUAUUACAUGUGGAAAAGCAUUUGCUAAGAAGUCACAGCUUAUUGUACAUCAAAGAAUUCAUACUGGAAAGAAACCAUAUGAUUGUGGUGCAUGCGGAAAGGCCUUCAGUGAAAAGUUUCAUCUCAUUGUACACCAGAGAACUCACACUGGGGAGAAACCUUAUGAAUGUUCUGAAUGUGGGAAAGCCUUCUCUCAAAAAUCAUCCCUCAUUAUACAUCAGAGAGUUCAUACUGGGGAAAAACCAUAUGAGUGCAGUGAAUGUGGGAAAGCCUUCUCCCAGAAAUCACCCCUUAUUAUACAUCAGAGAAUUCACACUGGAGAGAAACCUUAUAAAUGUAGAGAAUGUGGGAAAGCAUUUUCCCAAAAGUCACAACUUAUUAUACAUCAUAGAGCUCAUACUGGAGAGAAGCCAUAUGAAUGUACCGAAUGUGGAAAAGCCUUCUGUGAGAAGUCCCACCUCAUUAUACAUAAAAGAAUUCACACUGGCGAGAAACCCUACAAGUGUGCUCAAUGUGAAGAAGCCUUCAGCAGAAAGACAGAACUCAUUACACAUCAGUUAAUUCAUACUGGGGAGAAGCCCUAUGAAUGUACUGAAUGUGGGAAGACUUUCUCCCGGAAGUCACAGCUCAUCAUACACCAGAGAACACAUACUGGAGAGAAACCCUAUACAUGUAGUGAAUGUGGUAAAGCCUUCUGUCAGAAAUCACAUCUCAUUGGACAUCAGAGAAUUCACACUGGAGAAAAACCCUAUGUGUGCACUGAAUGUGGGAAAGCCUUCUCUCAGAAGUCUCACCUCCCAGGACAUCAGAGAAUUCAUACAGGGGAGAAACCUUAUAUGUGUGCUGAAUGUGGAAAGGCCUUUUCCCAGAAGUCAGACCUUGUUUUACAUCAGAGAAUCCAUACUGGGGAAAGACCCUAUCAAUGUGUGAUAUGUGGGAAAGCCUUCAUUCAGAAGUCACAACUCACUGUACAUCAGAGAAUUCAUACAGCCAUAAAAUCUUAAUGAACUUACCACAGAAAAGCCUUCAAUAUUAGCUUUAGCCUUAAUAAUAACCAGGAACCUGAUUAACUUGAUGAGUAUGGGACAACAUCUUUAUAGCAUCUUUAUAGAUAAAAUUUUCCUAGGGAAUAAAUGUUUCUAGUAUGGUAAUACCUUUUUCAACAAACAUAAUUAUAUAUGGGAAGGCAUUUUUAAUAUGGAGUGAAAAUUUUUUGAAGUUAUGAACUCAUUGAUCAGUAGAAUAAAGUAUGUAUACAGAAUAGCAUCGAUUUACAUAUUCCUUAUUAUACCGAAUAAUGUAAUCAGAAAUUGAAAUCACUAAUAUCUGGUUGGCAUAAUUAUGACCAUACAGUAAUUCUUUAUAAAGGACAUGGAAGAACACUUGAGUAUAAAAGAAUAACACAAAACAGCAAUCCCUAGAACCUGUAUUAUAUUAACGUGUUUAAGCCCUAAAACUGCAUGUAAAACUCCUGUAUAAAAGUACAGAGGUAGGUUGAGUUGAUUCAGUAAUGUUGACAUUUAUGCAUUUUCUAUCUCAAGCAUAUAAUUUGAACUGCAUCUCUGAAAGGACCCCAAGUCUUGGAUUUUGACAAGUUCUCCCCUUACUCUCCCUAACUGCUGGGAAGUUAGUUUGGUGGAAGACUUUUGUACUGAAGCCAUACAGUCUUGGGUUUUAGUCCUGGCUCAGCUGCUCACAGCUUAUGUAAAUUCAGACAAGCUUACUUCACUUGUCUGGAUGUUUUUCUUAUCAGUAAAUAAAAGUACAAUGUAGAAUACAUUUUCAGUUAAUUUUUGUUUUUUCUAUUCCCACACAACAGAAUCCUAAGACAAAUGUGCAUCUUCACAUUUGAACUUACUCUACACUUUCAACACUCCUCUUUUGAUUGCCCACCUCUGCAACUGGUUCAUUUUACUGUCUCUGACCCUGUUGGCUAUGUUCUUGUUAUGAUAUAUUGGUAUUUUAAAAUACACUUAUUUUCUAUAUUAACAUAUAUGAGGAGGUGAUUGAACAUCAAAACUAUUCCUGUGUCUCUUUAGCUCCUUUUUCACCCUUACCCUGCAGUCUCAAUUGUCUUAUCUGGGAACUGAGGACAGUUCACAGGAAAAAAAAAAUCUUGGGGUAAGAGAAGAGACAUGCCUACCUAGCCUGGAGAACUUGAUAUCUCUCAAAUGUCUCCUACCUAACUCUUACGCCUUCUUGAGCAGCUUUAGACAAGCAAUCCUGCUGAAAGUCACCUUCAGGAGAGCAGUUUUGGCAAAAAUGAAAUGGUCUUUGGGUUAGGCCAGUAUCUGUGUACAAUUCUGCUUACCUUCUUCACAUUUCCAGCACAGCUGAUCCUCAUGGCUGAAAUGUCUGAUGAAAAAGUUGGACUCAUCUGGGUGAGAACCUCCAUAAAGGUCAGGCUUAAAUGAUGGGUAUAGAAACUCAAUGUUAAGGGUGUUAGUUUUCCCCCUAAGUAUUUAUUAUUAAAGGUAGAGAAAGAAAAUCCAAAGGAACAACCCACUUAUAUAGAAUUAGUUAAUUUUAUUACUGAAUAAUAAAAAUAUCAUAUAGCUAUCAGGUAGCCAGCAUCUGGCUGCAAAGUUCUAGUGGAUGUGAUUAAUCAUAUCUCUCAACAUUUCUCAAUUAAGUUAGAUUGGUUUAGUUUACCUCAAUACUUGAUGUAUUCCAUACCAAAUUCCAAUAAACUGUGGUUAUAUGUAA